AUCAAUAUGCUUUUAUUCCCAUACCUCUCAUUAUCAAUAUCUGUGUGACCCACCUCCAACCCAACCCGACCUGACCCGACCCGAUAGAAAGGGUUGGGAGUGUAAGGACCUCAAAUCUUGGCCGACACCACUCCAUUGAUUGUAGUCAAAACUAGAACCGGUUCCCGAAAAUCUUUCACCUUCGAAGACCAGCAGCAACUUUAUGGUUUGAUCUGACAAAGAUUCCGUCCCAAAAAUGUCGAAUUUCUCUCGCCAGAUUCGUCUUUCUUCCUCUUCUAUGAUGAGAUGCUUGCAGUACAGGCUUUCAAGAUCUUUCACCACCAUUGAAGGCCAUCGCCCCACCAUUGUUCAUAAGCAAGGUCUCGAUAUUCUUCAUGAUCCAUGGUUUAACAAGGGAACUGCGUUCUCGAUGACCGAGAGAGAUCGUCUUGAACUGCGUGGACUUUUGCCCCCGAAUGUCAUGAGCAAUGAACAGCAAAUUGAACGGUUUAUGGCUGACCUGAAGAGACUUGAGGUAAACGCUAGGGAUGGACCAUCAGAUACAAAUUCUUUGGCCAUGUGGCGAAUACUUAACAGGCUACAUGACCGAAAUGAGACGAUGUACUAUAAGGUUCUAAUUGCGAAAAUUGAGGAAUAUGCCCCUAUAGUAUACACUCCAACAGUGGGACUUGUUUGCCAGAAAUACGGUGGGUUGUUUAGAAGGCCAAGGGGGAUGUAUUUCAGUGCCGCUGAUCGUGGGGAGAUGAUGUCCAUGGUUUAUAAUUGGCCUGCUGAUCAGGUUGAUAUGAUUGUUGUUACUGACGGAAGUAGAAUAUUAGGUCUUGGUGAUCUUGGAGUUCAGGGAAUCGGUAUUGCAAUCGGAAAAUUGGAUUUAUACGUUGCUGCUGCAGGAAUAAACCCUCAAAGAGUGCUCCCUAUAAUGAUUGAUGUCGGAACCAACAAUGAGGCCCUUCUUAAAGACCCCCUCUAUUUGGGAUUGCAACAACACCGUCUUGACGGUGAGGAGUAUAUUGCCGUCAUCGAUGAGUUUAUGGAAGCUGUGUUCACUCGUUGGCCCCACGUCAUAGUACAGUUUGAAGAUUUUCAAAGCAAGUGGGCCUUCAAGUUACUACAACGCUAUAGAAAUAGCUACAGAAUGUUUAAUGAUGAUGUGCAGGGAACAGCUGGAGUGGCAAUUGCGGGUCUUCUUGGAGCCGUGAGAGCACAAGGAAAGCCAAUGAUCGACUUCCCGAAACAAAAGAUUGUUGUGGCCGGUGCCGGAAGUGCAGGAAUUGGGGUACUGAAUGCUGCUAGGAAGACAAUGGCAAGAAUGUUGGGAAAUAACGAAUUGGCAUUCGAGGCUGCCGGGAGUCAGUUUUGGGUCGUUGACGCUAACGGUUUGGUAACCGAGGAGCGUGAAAAUAUCGAUGAUGAUGCAAAACCGUUUGCAAGAAAGACCAAAGAGAUUGGCCGUCAUGGGUUGAAGGAAGGAGCCAGUCUUGUAGAAGUGGUUCGGGAAGUAAAGCCUGAUGUACUCCUUGGGUUGUCUGCAGUUGGAGGUUUAUUUUCUAAGGAGGUAUUAGAAGCACUUAAAGGGUCAACUUCGACAAGACCCGCGAUAUUUGCAAUGUCAAAUCCCACAACCAACGCUGAGUGCACCCCUGAAGAAGCAUUUUCAAUUGUGGGAGAAAAUGUCGUCUUUGCAAGUGGAAGCCCGUUUCCCGAUGUAGAUCUCGGAAAUGGACAUAUUGGUCAUUGCAAUCAGGGAAACAAUAUGUAUCUUUUUCCAGGCAUUGGUCUCGGUACUCUACUAUCGGGCUCUAGAAUAGUAUCGGAUGGCAUGUUACAGGCGGCAGCCGAGUGCCUAGCUGGAUACAUGACCGAAGACGAGGUCCUCAAAGGAAUUAUAUACCCUUCAAUAUCAAGUAUCCGUGAUAUAACAAAACAGGUAGCUGCUGCUGUUAUUAGUGAAGCGAUAGAAGAAGAUUUAGCAGAAGGUUAUCGUGAAAUGGAUGCACGUGAGCUACGCAAGCUAAAUAAGGAUGAGAUUAUAAGCUAUGUGGAGAACAAUAUGUGGAGUCCCGAAUACCCGACACUAAUUUACAAGAAGGAUUGAAGAACAAAAUGAAGAAAAAACAAGUCAGACUAUUGAAAUUUGACUUUAUUUUUUUCGUUGCGUUUGCAUCGUUUGAAUUAAGAUGUUGUGUCGUGCAUAUAAUCCGGACAAUCUAUCGAGGACUAUAUAAAAUCUCAAAUAAAUAUACGAGUUUUAUGACUGAUUUGAUAAUUCAA